GACGCCAUCGCUCAGAAAACUCCCUCUCUGAGAUAACAUCGCAUUUCUGCUGUGUUUGUCGUAAGCCCUCCCGUCUUGUGCGGCGUUGUGAUUCGGCUCAUUGACCCAUCGGCUGACUGAUUUGCUCGUCGGACAUUCGCUGCCCUCUCACCAGUAAGCACACGCACAAGAGAUGACAGACAGACGCGCGAACGACACACUCACUCACUGCGCCAUUGUGUGUGUGGUGGUAUUCAGGCGCCGUGAAGCCAGCGGGCGGCAGCAUGAGCAGCACAUCGGCAUCAGCAGCUGCUGCAGGUGGGCUGACUCACUGAGUGGGAGAGGCAGGGGAGGGGCUCACCUGUGUGUGCUGUGUGUGUGUUGGCCAGGCAGUGGUGGACAUAGCGGUGUCGUUGCAGUCAUCAAUCACAGCGCCACACAAGACGAUGAGCAGUCGGUGAGCCAUGGUGCGGCCACACAAGCAAAGACCGUCAUGUGCUCUCUGAGUCUGUUUCUCGUGCGUGAUGAUGUUGUGUGUGUGCGUGCCGGCCUCCUUUUUCAGAAGUCGUCUGAUCUGUUGGCGCGCAUGGUGAAGUUGCACCAUCAAGUAGGUGGCUUGGCUGCAGACACAGACGAGAGGACAUGUAGGCAGACCUGAAGAUGGAUGGAUGGCUGUGUGUGCAGAUGAGCGACUCGAUCAGAUAUCUCGCUGCCAAGGUCAGUCAGUGGGUCGACAAAUGGCUGGCUGAGCACACCAUGCACGCUGUGUCAUUUGUCAUUGCCCACUCCCUCCUCCGUUUGCCUGUGUGUGGUAAUACCUGUGGUUGUGUGCAGGGGUCUGUCGGAAAGAAGCACCUGCCGAUGCUGGAGAGAGCCAUCGCAGACAGCUCUAGUGCACUCGACCGACUUGAUGGCUUGGCACUGGUAUGCACACACGCAUGCAUCAUUGAUCCGCCCUCCGAUCCAUUCUGAGCUUUGGUUUGUGUGUGUGUGUGUGUGUGUGUGUGUGUGUGGCUCAGCUGGAGGGCCACUUCAAGAACUUCGCACUCGCCCCUCCUGACGAUGAAGUCGAGGAGGGAUGGGGGAGGAUCGAGCCCUUCUUUGCAGAGGCACGUGUACCCAUCGAUUCGAUGGACGCACACCGACAUUGUGGCCGGGUGGACUUAAUUGCCGCAUCUGAUCUGCAGGCGCCGUCCAUCACCAUCAGUGGGGAUCUCUCUGACCACUCAUCCGACGCAGUCGACUCGCAGACAGAGACGCUGGCACAGGUACGAACAGGUACAAAGCCACGUAUGCUGUACCUGUGCCUUUCGUAUUGCAUAUCUGCUUUUGCUCCAGGGCCCCGGCAGCCGAUUUGCCGACAAGGCCGUCACUCAUGAGACCACUAAGGCCACUCAAACACAGAAGAAGGUACGACAGCGGAGCUGGUACACCGUGCUGCCGACAUCAUGACGGCCGACGUAUGCUGUCUGUGCGUGUCAUUCGUUGUCUGUUAGGCUCACUUGAUUGGGUUUGAGUUCGUGCGGCAGCUAUACGCCCUGCCCGAGACCCUCAUGCACGGCACACUUUUCCCCCUCAUCCACCAGCACCCCCACACUGCACUCGCCAAGGUCAGCAGUGCCCUCUGCUGCACCUCACCGGCAGUCGGCAGCGCCGUCGCGGCCGCCCUCAUCGCACAAAUCGACAGCAUCAUCGAACGCCUCAAGGGACUCAUCGGCUACACCCAGAUCCGUCGGCACCUGCAGUGGCACCCGGGUCGGUGUGUGGAUGUCCGUCGGCCAUCCCGACUGAUCCGCCUUCACUAUGUGAUGGUGACGGGCGGCGACUGGACGGGCAGCGCGCCGCUGCUGCGGCUGGCCAAGAGCUGCAGUGAGAUCCAGUCGCUGCCGAUCGAGCUGACGGCUGAGGAUCUGUGGCGUGCGGGCAGCAAGGCCGUCAUAGACAGCCGCCCGCCCAGCAUGAGGCAAUACGCCCUCUUCAGCCACCGACUGGGAGAGGUCAGGCACCUGUCGCGCGAUGCCAACGGGCGGGAGAGGCUGGGCGGCGGUGUGGUGACGGUGCACACACAGCAGACGGUGCCGGUCAGAUAUCGAGAUCGAUUCGAUGCGGCCGAUCCCCCGUGCCGACGUAGGAGAGGGGAGGGCACAGCACCACAGGGGAGCCAACUUGACAUGGAUGGUGUCUGCCGCUGUGUGUCUGUGUGUUGCUGCAGACGUUCGUGACUUCGGCAGCUUCCGUGAGUUGGUCAUCGAGAGGUAAGCAGCGAAAUGAGAGAAACACCAAUGUCUCCUGCUGUCUGCCUUUCCGCUUCCUGCUCUUUCAGUAUGGUAGUAGAGUCGUCGUUGCUUCAGGUGUGGGAUCGUUGGUGUUAUGAAUCAGAUCCGCACUCUGCUGAGUUUGACCGCAUCUGUGCCCUGAUCGACCAGCAGCCGCCCGUCUGCCGCACCAUCAACUACGGCAUUGCGAUACACACGGACGGCAUGAAGGGCCGGCUCGUCAUACUGCAUGGCGACGAGAAGGGCGACAAUUUCAUGGCAUACAUGGAGAUGGCAAAGUGGAGUGACGUGUGUUCAUCCAUCCACCUCUGCACCACCGAGGCGCCCCAUCAGGGCGGCAGUGGUCCUGCUGCCUUCCCGCGGACAGUGGCCAUCGCCAACAAGAGGAUGGGCGACGCCGUCACGCUACUCCCAGAGGUCAACAACGCCAUCAACACGGGUACAUACGCACGAGAACACCAGAUGAGCCCAACACAAGAGUGAGACUGUCUCUUGUUUCAUGACUGCAGCUGUCGGGGUGACGUCGACGUGACUGAGGUGGGCUUGGGCGGCGGCACGCACGACAUCGGAAGUAGCUGACGUGCAGUGGGGCGGCAAUGGGAAGGGCGCGAGAUGGACCGACCAGCCUGUCUGUGCUGCCUUCAUCUGUGUCUGUCAUGUGUUUGCUCCCGGCCGUUUUUCUUCCUCGUGUGUCGAUGUGGUGCGUUUAUCUGUCUGUCUGGAUGGACAUACA